CAUUUCAAAACAGAAUUGUUAUCAGUUUGACCUGUUAAGGGAAUUUAGAAUACGAAGCGGUCUUGCGAUUUUCACAUGCUCACGUGGCUCUUUUUAUGCUAACUUCCGGUUCAAGAUGGCAGCUUCCAUGGUAGUCAAAGCUAGCAACCACCUGCGGACUUCAGCUGCUAAAUGUUUAUUCCUGAAUAAUCAACAGGUUGUUCAAUUAACCCCCAGACGAUGGCUGAACCUGCAGGAGUACCAGAGUAAGAAACUGAUGGCCGACCAUGGGGUCACAGUUCAGAGAUUCUUUGUGGCUGACACUGCAAAUGAUGCCCUUGAGGCUGCCAAAAGAUUAAAGGCGAGAGAAAUUGUACUGAAGGCUCAGAUACUGGCUGGAGGAAGGGGAAAGGGUGUUUUCAACAGUGGACUGAAAGGGGGAGUGCAUUUAACUAAGGAUUGUAACAUUGUUGGACAGCUAGCAAAACAAAUGCUUGGGUACAAUCUUGUAACAAAGCAGACUCCAAAGGAGGGGGUUAAAGUCAACAAGGUGAUGGUUGCUGAAGCCUUAGAUAUUACCCGAGAAACAUACUUCGCUAUCCUGAUGGACAGAGCCUGUAAUGGACCUGUUAUGGUUGGCAGCCCACAGGGAGGAGUUGACAUUGAAGAAGUGGCAGCUACCAAUCCAGAACUAAUUUUUAAGGAAGUAAUAGACAUAUUUGAGGGAGUAAGAGAUGACCAGGCAUUUCGGAUGGCAGAGAAUUUAGGAUUUAAAGGCUCAUUACAGCAGCAGGCUGCAGAUCAAAUUAAGAAGCUGUACAGUCUUUUUCUGAAAGUCGAUGCAACUCAAGUUGAAGUGAAUCCCUUUGGUGAAACUCCGGAAGGACAAGUGGUUUGCUUUGAUGCCAAGAUCAACUUUGAUGACAAUGCAGAAUUUAGACAAAAGGAAAUAUUUGCUAUGGAUGACACAUCAGAAAGUGACCCAUUAGAAACUGAAGCAGCCAGACAUGACCUCAAGUACAUCGGAAUGGAUGGAAACAUUGCUUGCUUUGUAAAUGGUGCUGGUCUUGCUAUGGCAACCUGUGACAUCAUUGAUCUUCAUGGAGGAAAACCUGCCAAUUUCUUGGACCUGGGAGGAGGUGUACAGGAAUCACAAGUAUAUCAGGCAUUCAAACUUCUCAAUGCAGAUCCAAAGGUUGAAGCCAUCUUAGUCAACAUUUUUGGUGGAAUUGUAAAUUGUGCUAUCAUUGCAAAUGGAAUUACCAAAGCUUGUCGGGAGCUUGCCCUGAAAGUGCCUUUGGUUGUAAGGCUUGAAGGAACCAAUGUACAUGAAGCGAAGCGCAUCCUGAGUGAGAGUGGGCUGCCAAUCACUUCUGCAAGCGACCUUGAUGAUGCAGCAAGGAAGGCAGUAGCAAGUGUGACUAGAAAAUAAUUUUGCCAUGAAAGAAAUCAGCUUACAGUGUCACAUACCAGGUCGACAAACAUGCCUCACUUUAUAUAGAACAAUUUGUACUUUUACACACAUAAUGUACAUUAGUUCGAUUUUUUUUUGAUUAAACAUCAGGGAUGCCUGAUACUUUGCACAUCAGAAAAAUUUUUGAAGUUUUUUAGUUACUUUCUUGCCUCAGGAGUCACAGUUUUAAAAUUUAAAUGUUAUGUUUUAGGUAAGUCCUUAACAUGUAAGUUCAGAAAUGUCAAUCAUACAUCUAGGUCAUGUAGGUUAUCCUGCAAAUUACUGUAGCAUGCCAUCUUGGCUCUUAUGAACUACAGAAGCAGGCAGUUCUGAGUAUAUUGCUGGUGGGAAGAAGAGCAUUUCUUGAAAAAUAUACAAGUGUUUAGCAGUACUGAGUCCACAGCCUUUAAUUGUAUCCUGAUUUAUGAAUGUGGUCCAUUCCUGUCUUGGUAUUAAAAACCCUAAGCAUGUGAAGAAAUUAAAAAGGAAGAGCGGCAUUAUGUAGUGGUUCUUUGUACCAUGUGUUGCCUUUUGCCGUUAUUGAUAUAGUUUACGUUUCCAUGAUAGGCUGUUGGCUGACAUUUAACUGCAAAGAAAAAAAUCAUGCUUUCAGUACUGACCCCUGGUACUUGAAUGCAUUUGUCUUUUUUGUAUAUUCUUUGCGCAGGAGAAUACCGCUUAACUGGUGGCUUCCCAACAUGCACUUCACCCCUCAUAGUUAAAUUUGUCCACUCCCCACCCGCAAUAAAUUGUAGCAGAUUUGUAGUGUUAAAAGACUGCGAUUUGCUUCACAGUUAUCAACAUUUUUAGACCUGUUAUAUAUAUAUUUUUGUAUCACUGUAUUUUGUGAGUUUGAACUUUCCCUAACUUCUCUAAUUCAUUUACUUUAUGGUGGAUAUCAGCAGAGUAUGAUGAAUUACAGAGCAUUUCCUGCAAUAUGCAAAUACUGGCAUUUUCAAAAUAAGAUAUAGUCUUUAUAGACUAUUUUUAAAGAAUUUGUAGAACUAAAACGUAUCUGUCAGUUGAUUGGACUCCCCUUUUACAGAACUCUCUCUUGUUUAUUGGGUCUAUUUUCUCUGGAGCUGACCUAUUAAGUAGUUGGAACUAUGAAUUUGUUUCAUGUUACCAUACAGGUGCUCAGGACAUGGCUACACUUACAACCAUAGAAGACCUUAAUAUAUUGUUUUGCAAAGGCUAAUUGGGGUUCACUGAGAAAAUGAAAACUUGCUGUAUAGAAAAAACAGUGUACUCCACUCCAUUUAAUUGUUUUACUGAAGAACUGACAUUAAAUUCACAUACAAAUUCAUUUUUUGCAUACUCUGUAAGGCUUGUAUAAUUGUAAUUGCAUCUUUCCUUAGACCUGAUGUGGGGCAAUGAAGUGACAUGAAUGUGCACACACACACACACACACAGAAAACACUGAAGUUAAAUUAUACAUUCAGUUGAGAUUAAGCAGACGUUUCUUACUUCAAAUUAUAUUUUGUAAUUGAGGAUUUUAUUGUGGUCAACAUGUUCUCAACAAAGAAUACAAUAUAUUUUUGAGAUGGAUGUACAGAAUAUUUAAAAGUUUAAUCUUUGUUCAAUAAAGUGGAAGUAAAUGUUUGCUUUCAUAUAGCAUUUUGUACAUUUCAAGAGCAAAUUUUCUUCAUACAAUUGCCUUAAAUGGAUUUUAACAAUUCACAUGUCGUGCUUCAUCAGAAUAUAAAAGUUUUUUUUAGAAGACCUUAGUGUUUAGCCAUACUAACAACAGUCGGUCUUGCAUUGAUUUGAUCGAGAAGAAAGGCUGCAGCUAGAAAAACUCUGUCCCUUUGUUUCACUGUGAUAUGAAGUAAGAACUGUUAAGUAUGGGAUUCAUGAGUAAAUAUAUGUUUUACUGCAUCCGUUAUACUGUGAACACAUUGUAAUCAAGAAGUUUUGAUUUUUGUAAUGUAGCAUUAUUGACUUCCACUGAUUUCUUAUAAAAUAUAUUUUUCUUCUUUACAACUGAUAAAUGCCCACAUUGUUUUAAAUUUAGAAUGCAUUUUAAAUACAAAAAAAAAUGUCACUCGCAGUGUGGAUCCUUGUGGUUAAUUUGUUUUCUUGCUCACACUUAGAUUGUCUUCUCCUGCUAUGUUUCUCCUUGGAAUCUUUAAGCAACACAAGCUAACUGUUAUAUUCCAUGCAUCUGAAAGAAAUAAAACUCACAAUCUCAA